AUGUACAAAUACGAAGCACUGUUUUCUUAUUUGUUAUUUAUGCUGUAUAUUAUGAUACGAGUAACUAUGAAGAAAACAAGUUCUGAUUUCAGUUAUGCCUCUGAGACACCUAUUGAGACGAUAAAUUUGGACUGUACUACAGUAUUCAAUGGAGGACCCAACCUUAUAAAAUAUAAGCGGUGGACUUUUUCGUAUAGCGCUAUCGAAAAGGAAUUGUAUACAUCAAGCAACGUGUAUUAUCUAUCGGGCGCAGACCUGCCUUUACGUACAAAUCUUGAAAUGGUGCGUAUAAUGAAAGCGUUGAAUGGAUCAAUCAAUACGGAUGUUGAAGAAUUCGAAAUCGAUCGAUACCGAAUGAUGGAGGGAAUACAUCCGCCCGUUCCCCUGUACAAGUCAGCCAUGUCAGUGGCGAUCCCUCGUCGAGCAGCUGAUUUCAUGUCAAAAAGCAAAAAAGUGAAAGCUCUGCUCACUUAUCUGAGUGAGACAUGGGUACCUGAUGAGUCCUUCUGGACGAGUGUCGCAGGAAAUGCAGUAUUGAUCAAAGCUCCUGGUUCAUUUCGUGCACGCGAUAUUCUUUGGCUUCGUAAGCAUCUCACUAUGAGUCCACCAAGUACUCAAACUGUCGAAAAUGUUGGCACUAGCUACAUAGGACGAUAUCAAGUAUGGGAAUGGCAAAAACCAUGUAAAGGACGGGUAGCCAGUUGGUCAUGCGUGUUCGGAGUGCAGGACAUGUGGGAGGUGGUGAGAAGACCAGAACUUGUUGCUCAUAAGCUAUAUCUCGAUCAAGAGCCAGCUGCUUAUUUGUGCUUACUGAAGGUUACUACUCCAUCAGCAUUCACUGGAACUUCGAAUCUUUUGGAAAUCAAUUCAAAUUUCGUGUGA